UUUUUCAUUAACGGAAUAAAAUUGAUACUAACAAAUUUGGGAAACACUGCAAUCAGCUGUUGAACAGCUGCUUUAAAUAGCGAACAGCUGCGCUUAUCAAAUUUGAGAAGUGUGUGAUGCAAACAGCUCUGCACACCAAUAGAAGAAAAAAAAAUAGUUUAAUGAAUUUUAAAAUAUUAAAAAAAAACAGUUUUAUUACAGCGCAUUCAUUAAAUAAAAGUGUAAAUUUUUAACAUUAAUAGUCACAUUUAAAAUGAUUAAACUAUUUUCACAAUUAGCCGGCAGUAGUUUGCGAACUCUUCGCACAUUAACCACAGAUUCGCAGCUAACUACAACUCAACUAGCAAAUAUAUAUAAUACAAGGAGAAAAUGGUUUAGUAAUGCAGCAAAAGAUGAUAGCACACGACAUUGCAAUGUGGGUACAAUUGGGCAUGUUGAUCAUGGCAAAACCACGUUAACAUCUGCUAUAACAAAGAUUCUGGCUGAGAAGGGACUAGCACAAUAUGCAUCAUACGACCAGAUCGAUAGAGCGCCGGAGGAGAAAGCACGCGGCAUAACAAUAAAUGCUUGCCACAUUGGAUACGCAACAGCGGCACGUACCUAUGCACACACCGACUGUCCGGGACAUGCAGAUUACAUUAAGAAUAUGAUAUCUGGCGCAUCGCAAAUGGAUGGCGCUAUAUUGGUUGUCGCCGCAACCGAUGGACAAAUGCCACAAACGCGUGAGCAUCUUUUACUCGCCAAACAAGUGGGAAUUGAACGUAUUAUUGUGUUUAUAAACAAAGCGGAUUUAGUUGAUCAGGAGGUAUUAGAGUUGGUGGAAAUAGAAAUGCGUGAAAUGUUAUCAGAUUUUGGUUUUGAUGGCAUUAACAGUCCAGUAAUUUGUGGUUCUGCUUUGCUGGCCUUAAAAGGUGACACAUCGCCCUUCGGUGUGCCGGCAAUUGAAAGUUUACUACAACACUUGGACAGCUAUGUGCCGACGCCUACACGUGACUACACAUCACCCUUUAUAUUGCCCAUUGAUAAUGCUUUCACAGUGGCUGGACGUGGUACGGUUGUGGUAGGCACAAUCAAACGUGGCACAAUGCAGAAAAACGAUUUAGCCGACUUGCUCGGUUUCAAUCAAAAUAUCAAAACUAGUUUGGGCGAUAUACAAAUUUUCAAAAAGAGCGUGCCGAAGGCUGUAGCGGGUGAAAAUGUUGGUGUCUUAUUGCGUGCCGUUAAAAUUGCAAGCGUGGAACGUGGCAUGCUGCUAUGUGCGGCGGACACUGAGAAUAUCUCAAAUCACUUCGAGGCCUCCAUGUAUUUGCUAUCACGUGCCGAAGGUGGACGCAGUAAACCUAUGCUCUCCAAAUACAUACAACAAUUAUUUAGCGCCACUUGGAAUGCGCCGGCACGCAUUGACAUUGUACCCGCCGAUGGCAUGCUAAUGCCUGGCGAACAUGGUAAGGUGCGCAUAACAUUAUUGCGAAAAAUGGUUUUAAUACCAGGGCAAGCGUUUACGAUACGCGAAAAUGGCGCGACUGUCGCGACGGGCAUGAUUACCGAAAGAAAACCCUCCUUGGAUGUACCGAAAAAUAAAUUAUCCAAAAUUGUGGUCACUUGUUGAGCAGAUAUGCGUGUCUAUGUACAUAAGUAUGUAUGCAGAUGAAAUAAAAGGCAAAUAAAGUAAACAAAUUGAAAUUCAUGUUUAAUGUAUAUUAUAUUUAUUGGAAAUAAGUACGUAGUUUUAUAAUUGCAUGUUUUGAAAUUUAACAUCGGAAAUCGUUGUAAUUAUAUGGCGGUUUUUGAAACCUAACAUAAAUAUGUAUGUAUGUAUGUAUGUAGGAAUGCGCAUAUUGUAUACAGUUUCGAAUUUCAACUAAUUUACAUUAAAAUGUGCAUGUUUUUAAGUAUAUUAUUACAACAAUGCGUUUGUUUAUAAAUAAUAUUUUUUAAAACAAUUUUUCAUACAAUUUGGCAAGAACUAUGUUAACUAAUGGCAAUAAGCAAAUGAAGUUGAGAAAUUUUAAUUUAUUAUUAUUUUUUAAGACACAUAAUUUUGGCAACAUUUGUUGAUAAAACUUAAAAAUUCAAUAAUUGCGAAAAAAAACAUACAAUAUUAUAUAUUUCUUGUUUCACUUUUGAUGCGGCAUUGUUGCUGGUAUUUUUUUUUUUUUACUUUUUUUUUAACACAAUUAAGAUAGAUAAUAUAAUAGCUUCAUGUGGUUCAAGCCUCUACAGAACCAAAAAAAAAAACAUUUUAAGCUGAUUUGCGAGUAUAUAUAAAUGUAUAUAUAUAUAAUACGUUUAUGUAUAUAAUUAUUUAUGUAUAAAAUGCACUAAGUUUAUAAUAUAAUAUAAUAAUUUAAAGCAAUCUAAUUUAUGUUUUUUUUUUGCUUAUGAGCUAAACAAACUAAAGUUUUUUCUUUCAAAUACUUUUUAAUGGAAGUGACAUGUUUUCACAAUUCUAGCAAUAUUUUGGCAAAUAAAUUAUUUAUAUUAUGUAAAAUAAUUUAUAUUUAGUGUAAAAUAAAAUAAAGGAACUACAUAAAUAUUAUGGGGAAAAAAUCGUAAGCCCGAGAUAACAGAUUGGAAUGCGUAUACUUUUAAGGGGUUGGGGGUAAUUAAGAUUCUCAAAAA